AUGAAGCGCAAGGCGGAAGCGCAGACUGCCAGUCGAAGUCCCAGCAAGAAGAAGUCCAAGCCUUCCUUGAGCGAUGACGAGGUUGCUGCGAGAUUCCGGAAAGGACUCUUGAACCAAGAUAUUCUAGAUUCGUACACGAAACAAUAUGCCGACUCCGAGCCCUACAAGCACUGCGUCAUCAACGAGCUGAUCAACGACAAAUUACUGCGCUCGGUCCGGGAAGAGAUCAAGGAAAAUGUCUCCUUCACCCCCAAGGAGACGGACAUUUACAAGAUCCACCAGUCUGGAGACUUGGCCAACCUGGACGGCCUUGGCGACGAGGCUCUCCAGAAGCUGCCCUCCUUGCUGUCCCUCAGAGAUGCCAUGUACUCAAAGAAGUUCCGCGACUACGUUGCACACAUCACCGGCUGCGGCCCGUUGAGCGGCCGAAAGACUGACAUGGCCAUCAAUGUCUACACUCCGGGUUGCUUUCUCCUCUGUCAUGACGACGUCAUCGGCAGUCGAAGAGUCAGCUAUAUCUUGUAUCUCACAGACCCCGACGUCCCGUGGAAACCGGAAUGGGGUGGCGCAUUGAGGCUAUUCCCAGUCCAGAACCGAGAAGGCAAAGACGGCAAGGUCGCCAAGACGCCCGAGGCCGACGUGUCCAAGAUCAUUCCGCCUGCCUGGAACCAGCUGAGCUUUUUCGCCGUGCAACCUGGCGAGAGUUUCCACGAUGUCGAGGAGGUAUACCACGCAGAGACAAAGAAGCAGCUCAAGAAGGAGGGCGGCAGAAUCCGUAUGGCCAUUAGUGGCUGGUUCCACAUUCCGCAAAUCGGCGAGGAGGGCUACAUCAAGGGCGCCGAAGAGGAGAACGCAAAGAACAGCAGUCUGAUGCAGCUGCAAGGCAAUCCCGACCAGUACGACGAACCCAAGUGGUCUCCCGUCAAGGUUGAGAAGCCGCAAGCGAGCUCGCCCGAAGACUUUGAUGAAGCCGACCUCGAGUUCCUGCUCAAGUACAUGGCACCGACAUACCUUACGCCCGAUACAUUAGAACAAGUCCAAGAGCACUUUGACGAGGACUCUAGCAUUACACUGCCAGACCUCCUCAACAAGAAGUUUGGUCAGCGUCUUCGCGACUAUGUGGCCGAGCAAGAUGGCAAAGCCCUCCCAGAAUCAAGCGCGGAGAUUGAAAAAGGUGCUUGGAAAGUCGCCAAGCCUCCUCACAAGCAGCGUUACCUAUUCACGCAGUCCCAGAAAGAGCCAAAGAAGGGUCGCAAGGCUGAAAAGGAUGACUCGCCUCUUAGAGAACUCUUGGACGUAUUUCUGCCAAGUCCCCAGUUCCGUCGCUGGCUACAAAUGGCCACGAGCAGUGUCAUUGAAAGUCAUGAUAUCAUUGCACGCCGAUUCCGCAAGGGCAAGGACUACACGCUAGCUACCGGCCACGAAGGCAAGCCUCGUCUAGAGCUCAAUCUGGGCAUCACGCCUACUUCGGGGUGGGGCGAUGACGCUGAAGAAGAGGAGGAGGAGGAGGAGGAAGAGGAGAAGCCCAAGACCAAAGGCAAAGGCAAAGACAAGGGUAAAGGCAAGGCCAAGGAGGAGCCCGCCGAAGAGCCCGAAGAGGUUGGUGGCCACGAGGUGUACAUGGCAGGCGAUGACGAUACGGCCGAGGACGCUGCCAUUUACAAGUCCAGUGGCGACGAAGACAACAUACUCUUCUUCCAGGCUGCAUCGUGGAACAAGCUGACCAUUGUCCUUCGGGACAGCGGUACCCUCAAGUUUGUCAAGUACGUGAGUCGCAAGGCGCCAGGUGAUCGCUGGGACAUUUGCGGCACAUUUGACAUUGAGGAGCAAGAUGACGAGGACGAGGCUGAAGCGGUGGAUGAAAACGCAAAGUUGCUCGCCGAGGAUACCGAGGAGGAAUGGAAUGGUUUCUCAUCCAGUGCCGACAGUGACUCUGAUUAG